AUGGAAGGAAGUUCUGAAAGAGCUUACGACAGACAUGGCUAUAGCGUGCACCAGGAAGAACUGGAGGAGAGGGAGAGGUUCCUGAGCGAGUUUCCUCGGGUGAAAGCAGACCUCAAGGAGCGCAUAGAAAAGCUCCGUGCCCUUGCAGACAAGGUUGACAAGGUGCACAGGGACUGCACCAUCUCCAGCUUGGUGGCCAAUUCCACUGGCGCUGUCUCUGGCAUCCUGACCAUCCUUGGCCUGGCUCUGGCACCUGUGACCGCAGGAACCAGUCUGGUGCUCUCGGCAACCGGGAUGGGGCUGGGCGCGGCAGCAGCUGUGACCGGAGUUUCUACCAGCAUCGUGGAGCACGUGAACACGGUGUCAGCAAACGCUGAAGCCAGCCGCCUAAUGGCAACCCGCUGUGAUAAGGGGCAGGUGGUCAGAGCCGUGAGGCAGAGCACAGUCAAAGUCCUCUCUUUAACCAAGAAUUGCAAAGAAGUCCUGAGAGGCAUGGAGAAGAACAUCAAUGCCAUCAGGAUAGCCAAAGCCAACCCUCAGUUGGUGGCCAAUGCCAAGCGCCUCAUGGACAGUGGGAGAAUCUCAGCCCGAAGUGGUAGGCAGGUGCAGAAAGCCUUCGGAGGCACCACUCUGGCAAUGACCAGAGGAGCCCGGAUCACAGGUGUGGCCACCACAGGCAUCUUCCUCCUGAUGGAUGUGGUCAGCCUCGUGAAAGAGUCCAUACACCUUCAUAAGGGGGCGAAGACUGAGUCAGCGGAGGGGCUGAGGCAGCAGGCUCAGGAGCUGGAGAGUAAGUUGGAGGAGCUCACCCAUAUCCAUGACCUUCUGCAGGCGGGCCUGACCCAGUGA